GUUACGACACUGGUGAGAGAAACAAGUAUUAUUAAGGUCAUUGGGGUGUCUUUGAAAGGUUAUCGAAAGUUAGUGUGAAAGUUGGAAUCAGUCACAUUCGUGAUCACAGAAUCCUAAGGAACAUGCUGCCACAAUAUCUGAAGCCUGUGUUAAGUGUUGCUCAACAAGGAGCAAAACGAUUAUCCACCAGCGCAAGAUGCAACCACAAGGUCGCUGUUUUGGGAGCAAGCGGAGGCAUAGGACAACCAUUAUCGUUACUUCUGAAAGAUUCGCCUCUUAUAACCGAGUUAUCAUUGUACGAUAUUGUGAACACACCAGGUGUCGCUGCUGAUAUAUCGCACAUAAAUACAGCAGCAAAAGUAAAAGGAUACACUGGUCCAGAUGAACUGAAAGACUCUGUCAAAGGAGCACAGUUAGUAAUCAUUCCUGCUGGUGUUCCUCGUAAACCAGGAAUGACCAGAGAUGAUCUUUUUGAUACAAAUGCCUCCAUAGUGAGAGAUCUCACCAAGGCUAUAGCUGAAGUAGCCCCGAAAGCUAUCAUUGCCAUUAUUUCUAAUCCAGUGAACAGCACUGUGCCUAUCGCCAGUGAAGUAUUGAAAAAAGCUGGCGUUUAUGAUCCCAAGAGAGUAUUUGGUGUAACAACUCUCGAUGUUGUCAGAGCAAACACCUUUAUAGCAGAAGCCAAAGGCCUUGAUCCACAAAAAGUCAAUGUACCAGUUAUUGGUGGACACAGUGGCGUGACAAUUAUUCCAUUAAUUUCACAAAGCAAACCUGCUGUUUCUUUCCCAGAAGACAAAUUAAAGGCUCUGACCACUAGAAUCCAGGAAGCUGGUACAGAGGUCGUUAAAGCCAAAGCUGGCACGGGUUCUGCAACGCUUUCAAUGGCCUAUGCUGGCGCUCGAUUUGGCAUAUCUGUACUUAGAGCGCUUAACGGAGAACAGGGUAUCAUAGAAUGUACUUUCGUCAAAUCAGACGUUUGCGAGACAAAGUACUUUGCAACACCGUGUGUCCUUGGUAAAAACGGACUCGAGAAGAACCUUGGUAUCAGCAAACUUAGCGAAUAUGAAAAGAAACUGUUGGAUGCGGCAAUUCCAGAACUGAAGAAGAACAUUCAAAAGGGUGAAGAUUUUGCAAACAGGAAGUGAACGUUGUCAAUAUUACACAAAUAAAGUAAAAUAAAUUUGACAUUGUCAAAUAAAAUUCGAUUGUCUCCAGUAAUUGAUGAAUGAAACUAUAUAAUUAACUGAUCGCGUUGUACGCGAAAAAGGAACAUUUAAAUGAAGAAAAAGGUGGAUCCUUUACCAAUCAGUAGAUGUAUGUAUUGUAGACAAUAAAAUUCAUUUACAACUGAUAUAAUAAAGUAACAGUAAAU